AUGAGCGCGGUUGCGGGCAGAAUGUGGGGAUGCGCGGGAAUGCCUGUAGCGUCCUUCCCGUGCUUCCCCCGCUUUUCCCCCUUCACUCCCCCCUUUCCCCCCUCCGCUCCACCCCCCCCCUCCCUCCCACGGCUCCCUUUCACACGCCUGCCAACCACCACCUUCCCCUACUCCCCCGCACCUUCCCAGCAGCAGCAGCAGCAGCAGCAGCAGAUUCUGCCGAGACAGGAGGAGGAGCAUGCACCAGUAGCAGCAACCGAUUCUGCCGAUUCAGCAGGCUUGGAUGACGACGGCAGCGACCUCACCAUGAUCACGCUCGCGGAUGCUGACGCCUACAAGCCCUACAGCAAGCCCCCAAGGAGGUGGCGCGGCAGGUGUGAGAAGCGGGCGGAUUUCAGCGCGUGCAACCGCAAGGUGAUUGGAGCGCGCUUCUUCAGCAAGGGCUUUAAGAGGAACGUGGGGGCCAUCAGCAGCAGCGCCGACUAUCUUUCGGCUCGAGAUGCGGACGGCCAUGGCACUUGGUGUGCCGGAGCAGCAGCAGGCAACGGGCACGUGCAGUAUGCAGCAGGCACGGGCUAUUCAUACGGCAACACCAGCGGCAUGGCUCCUCGCGCUCGACUCGCCAUCUACAAGGUCCUCUGGAAACAGAGAGACGGGCAGACGCUCGCAACGUACUCGGACAUCCGCGCAGCCGUUGAUGCGGCCGUAUCCGACGGUGUGGAUGUGCUCUCCAUCUCCCUGGGAGGGAACGUUCCGAGCUACUUCUCAGACAUCGCGUAUCUCAAUGCUGCUAAGGCUGGCGUGUUUAUUGCAAUGGCUGCGGGGAAUUCUGGUCGCCCGAAUCCCAAAAAGCUGGUCGGCACCAUUGGGAAUGCCUCACCCUUCUACCUCACUGUCGGCGCCAGUCAUUGUCUCCCCCUCUCCGCCUCCCCUCCAAAUCCCUUCCAUUUUUUCCCCUUUCAUAUCUCACUUCCUCACCCCGGCUUCCCCUCAGCUCCAUAA